GGGAACCAUGACAGUCAGCACAAUUGCAUGCUUGGAAUUUUAGCUACCGACUUUUGCCUUCUGAGUCCGUGGAGGAAGAAAGCCGAAAUGACUACCAGAGUGAAGAGACACCGCAACAUGAAGCUCGGCAGCUAACAUUUGUAGCGCAGACAGCCGGCUGGUCGAGAUAUUUGAACCAGCGACAGCAACGACAGCAACGACAGCCGUGGGUUGCCAAACAAGAAGCAUCAUUCAGUGUCAGCCAGAGGUAACAUUAGCAGCUGGAGCUCUCAGCCGAGCUCGUCUCUGCUUCUCUGGAGCCUAUAAAUCCAUGCUUCAACCUCAAGUAUACUUCUCCAGCAUAUUCAACAAUGUCUGCGGAUCCCCUGCCUGAAUGCCCAGUCUGCAUUGAUGAUUUGAGGUUAGACAUCUUACAACCAAAACACCUCUCUGAAACACCCUGACUGCCGGUGUCUGUGGAACACAGCUGCCUUCGAGUUCCUCUUCCUGGCCUUUGCUGUUGAUCAACCAUACUCUAACUCUAGGAAUGCUUUGUAGCAACCUCUGGAUAAAGACACCGGAAAAGAGAAUUUCCCUGUAGAAAUCAGGGGGAAAAUCAGUAUAUUAAGUUACUGGUAUAUCCACACCCAAGAAAAGACCUUCAGCCUCAGACAGGGCCUCUCCAGCUGCCCCUCCCCCUUGCCACCCCAAGUACCAUGCUGGGUACACUCCUGCGGAGGAACAUGUCCCAGAAGCUGAGUGUGCUGCUGCUGGUAUUCGGCCUGGCGUGGGGGCUUAUGCUGCUGCGCUACACUGUGCAGCAGCCUCGCCAUCAGAGCAGCGCCGAGCUACGUGAGCAGAUUCUGGAGCUCAGCCGGCGAUACGUCAAGGUCCUAACAGAGGAGAACCAGAAUGCACCAGGUGGGCCACAAGGAACCUCCAUGGCUGGUUACGCUGAUCUGAAGAGGACUAUAGCUGUGUUACUGGAUGAUAUUCUGACACGGCUGGUCAAACUGGAGGGGAAAAUCGAGUUGGUGGUCAAUGCCUCCUCCACUAACACCUCCCACACAGCAGGGGGCGAUCUUGCUUCUGCUCCCGCUGCCCUACAGAAAUCCUCAAAGCAGGAGACACCUGGCAGCCACCCAGGGACGUCACGCCUUCACCCACACAUCCCUAAUAGGCCUCGGCCACAUCAAGGAGCAUAGUCUUGAUAGAAGUAUUGGUUGUUGGGUUUUUUUGUUUUGUUUUUUUGCUUUUCAGCACAUCACACUUUCCAGCAUUUAUCACUGAUGUAACAACAUCAGAAACGUGAAAAGCAAUAGUGAGACAUAUGGACAUCCAGAAACUGAAACUUCUCAGAUGGAUGCUUUCUCAGAAAUGUUCAGCCAACUCAGAGGGAAGAAGAGGGACUUCUUUAUGCUCUGUCCUAUCAUAUGCUGAUAUUUAUUUAUUUUUUACCAAGACUAUCCAGAACCUUUUUUUUUUUUAAAUAUUUGCAUUGCUGAUUUUAUUUGGUUUAAAUUUUAGCUUCUUUUUUUUAUAAUGCCAUAUUUGAAUCUUGUGACUGUUAAAACAGAUGCAAAGAGGUAUAAACACUCUUGAAACUGAACCUGAUUCUCAUACGCUUUAUCUUAAAAAUGGCUUAAAAUGCUCAUCUAUCUACAUUGUAAACAAUUUUACAAUACUGCUUCAACAUAUCAAAAUGCUGAACUAAACAGUAGUAGCUGAUAUUUAGGGAUAGCUACAUUUCAGUUUUUAGCUGGAAUACUGUACUGAAGAAGAUUCUACGUUUAGCUUACACAUACAGUUUUAAGGAUAAUUAAACUGUAUAGUUCACCUGUUAGAGAUAAUCCAAAGAAUGUUAUUUGCACUCCAUCUGAAGGGAGUAUACAUGUGUAUUCCCAAUUGCUGCAAGACAGUGAGUUUUAUGCAGAAUAUGAUUGGAUGAUGCCUAAUUGCAACCGUAAACAGGAGCGUGUGUGUGCUUUGUCUCUGUUGAAAUCCAAUGGUUCCUCCUUCACCUGGAGUUGAGAAAUGUUUUAAUAUAGUUGUGGAGCAGAUUGAAUGUACCGUGUAGUCAGGCUUCAGCCCUGCAUUGCUGUUGAGAUGACUGACAUACUGCUUACACAUGUUCAGGGUUCAUGUUGCACUGUGACUCUAUAGAGAUUUUCUAAAAAUACUGGACUCACCCUACCUUGGCUGUACGAAUAUCUUAGAAGGGUGGACAUCAUGUCCUGUAAUUUUCAUUCUUCCAGCCUUUCUGCUGGCCCUGAGUGUGGUUUCUAUAAUACUGAGCAACUCAAACACCUCACCCUGGGCCGUCCAGAGGAAGAAGAUCUUUAAUUUGCUCAUCAUGAUGCUCAUUAACAUUGUGACUUUGUGCUGCAAGAAAGAAAGGCAAUACUGGGAUUGUAUGAGACAAAGUAACUGUGGGUGGCAUAUUAAAAUAUGAGGAAAAAAACUGCUUCAUAAUGUUGCACAUUACAAGCUUAACUGUGGGUGAAGGCCACCAGAUUGAAUGAUUUAACUGUGGUUCGAGUGUGUCAACACUGAGUGAUGCCAUAAAUGUACUUUGCUUCAUAAUGCUAAAGUAGAAAAGAUUGUGAGCCAGUCAGGUGCUGUGAGAUAGCUUUACUAAUAAAUUGACCUCAUGGAAAAAUGA